GGCCCCUUUAAAGUCAAACAAAAAUAAAGAAAUACAAAAAUAAGUCUGCUUGUUCAGUUUUUGAGACUAGAUUGUGCAUUUGAAAUUAAAAAUUAGUGAAGCUUUUUCUAAAACAGAUUCAAGCAUUAAGAAACAGUCAAUGUAAUAAAAAAAAGUGAACGACCGCGAGUUUUUUUCAUGGAGCAAAACAUUUUCUGAAUUUACAGUCAAAUCAACUUUGACACAACAGGAAGCAACAGAUUGUAAAGCAGUUGAGUGAAUGUUUUUAUGUAUACACCCAGAGCUGAACUUUUCAUAUUAAUGAUUGACCAGCUUUAACCAAUGAGUCAACCAGUGAAAGCAACAGGCAAGCUUAUACUUGAUGAAAAAAUCUGAUAUUUAUUUUCAAAACAAGAAAUGCUUGUGUCGGAACAAAAAAAAUAAAAAAUAAAGGAAAAUGUUAAAGUUCAGAUAUAUAUCCCCACUCAAAGUUUUAUGGUCAGAUUGGAAAAAGGCAUAAACACAGUUAUCUUAUACAUGUGCAAUGAUUUACUGCUUUUACUGACGACCUUUCCCAUACUCCACAUUAUCCCUGGUGCUGCUUUAUAUGUCAGCAGCAGCCCCUUCAGAUCAUAACAUCUAGAUCAUCUAGAAGACGCUGUUUGAUAAAAAAAAAAAAAAAAAAUGCAGAUUUUAGAUCUUUUAUUCCAAUCUUACUCUUCGGUUUCCCUGGUGGGAAUUCUGGCCGUCUUGGUCAUUUAUUUCAUUUCUCACUUCAUCUUCAGUUCAGGGCAGCAUGGAGAGGAACCACCAGGACCCAGACCACUUCCUAUUAUUGGGAAUUUGUUGCAGAUUGACCUGAAAAGACCCUAUAAAACAUUCGAGGAGUUCUCCAAGACAUAUGGACCUGUGUUCACCGUGUUCCUGGGAGGUGAAAAAGUUGUUGUCCUGGCAGGCUACAAGACGGUAAAAAAUGCACUUGUCAACCAUGAUGAAGAGUUUGGAGAAAGAGCCAUACCUCACAUGAUCCAAGAAUUAAAUAGAGGACAUGGUAAGAUCAUGAAAAGCAAAAUAUUCUCGCCAUUUUUUUUAUCUAAUGUUCUUAGAACCUAUAGGCCCUUUGUGAUCCAUUUAUGCUUCAUCUUAGGGGUUUUAUGGUCGAAUGGGGACACCUGGAGAGAAAUCCGACGUUUUGCUCUGACCAACCUGCGAGACUUUGGCAUGGGCAAGAAAGCGUGUGAAGACAAAAUUACUGAGGAGUGUCAGUAUCUUUUAGAAGUUUUCAAGAAAUUCAAAGGAAACGCUUUUGACACAACUAAACCACUGAACUAUGCAGUUUCUAACAUCAUAUGCUCAAUGGUGUACGGCAGCAGGUUUGAAUAUGACGAUCCAAAAUUCACAUCAAUGGUGGAUCGUAUGAACAGAAACAUUCAACUCAGUGGAUCUCCCACCCUCCAGGCUUACAACAUGGUGCCGUGGCUCUUCAAGUGGGUUGGAAGCCGGAGAGAAGUCCAUGCGUGCGCGGCUGCCAACAGAAAACAGAACAGGAGCAUUUUCACUCAUUUGAAAGAAACCCUGAACCCUCAGAUGUGCCGAGGAUUUGUGGAUGCAUUUUUAGUCAAAAGGCAAACCCUAGAGGACUCUGGGAUCACCAACAGCUCCUUCAAUGAUGAAAACCUUUUGAUGACGGUAGUCCAUUUGUUUGCUGCUGGUACUGAAACAACAUCAACAACACUGAGGUGGGGUCUUCUGCUUAUGGCCAAGUACCCCAAAAUACAAGACCAGGUCCGGGAUGAGCUGAGAAGGGUCAUUGGCGAUCGUCAAAUCCAGGUUUCUGACAGGAAGAAUCUGCCUUUUACUGAUGCCGUCAUUCAUGAGAUCCAGAGAGUGGCCAGCAUCGUCCCCACUGCUCUUCCUCAUAAAACCUCCAAGGACAUCACUUUUCAAGGCUAUUUCAUUAAGAAGGGAACAACUGUGUUUCCACUCCUAACGUCUGUCCUGCAUGAUGCCAAUGAGUGGGAGAAGCCUCUCACCUUUCAUCCCGCUCACUUCCUGGACAAGGAUGGAAAGUUUGUGAAGCGGGAUGCCUUUAUUCCCUUUUCUGCAGGUCGUAGAAUUUGUCUUGGAGAAAGUCUGGCCAGGAUGGAGCUCUUCAUGUUCUUCACCACCCUCCUGCAGCAUUUCCGUUUCACUCCGCCCCCUGGAGUUUCAGAAGAGGAACUGUGUCUGACUCCAUGUGGAGGCAUAACUCUCAGCCCUUUGCCUCAUAAACUCUGUGCUGUUCCAUGUUCAGAAUAGCAACCGUGGGAAUUGGAGAAUCCCUUUUAAUGGUCUAAAUUUAAAAAAAAAGAAAAAUACUGUAUUAAACACUUGGAUAUACAUUGGUCCCUCAUUAUGUCAUGGUUCACCUUUAAUUAUCUGCUAACUAUCUGAUAACAUCUGCUAAUCUGAUAUUUUUUGUAAUAAAUAAAGAUAACUACUUUGUGGAUUUUGCCUAUUGCAGGUUACUUUUAGAACAUAACUUCAGCGAUAAUCAAAGGACCGCUGUAGAAAUCACAACAUCUAACAAAAACAGCAUUCACACCUGGACCAGGACAGACUUGGUCCAGAAAUGGGGACCGUGUUCUACACUGUUCUAAGUCUAUUCGCGAAUGACAGCUCUCAUUGUGGUUUUCUGGAGUCCGGGAGCCUCAGAAAUAGUUCUGUAAUACUUUUUUUUUGUUUUUUUUUUACAGACCAAAAGUUUUUAGAUUGCUGUACAAUUGUUGAACUUAAUAAAAAAGAUCAGACAGCUUCUAAA